CUAAUCUCACACCAACUACGAUGUAACAGUUAGAACUACGAUUUAACAGUAGGAAGGCAAACAGAUCAUCCUCUUUUCUUGUCUACAAAACUGCGAGGAAAACAAAAGAAGAAGUGGUAUUACUGCUGAGUCCCAUUGAAGCGAGAUUGUUACUUACUCCGACACGGUAAUUGCUUUACGUGUCAUUAUUGUACAGGUGACAACAGAGAGAGAGAAAUAAGAGAAAAACAUCAAGAGAAAAUAGAGGACAGUUUGAGCGGAUAAACUCGGACUCGUUGGUGUCACUUAUUCCAAUUCUAUAUUUUUCGUUCAAGCCUAUUGUGAAAUAUCUAUCGAAAGACGUGUUUAUUGAGUUCACAACGCUAUGAUCAGGAAGAGAAAAAUUAUGAAGCAUAUGGUGGUAAUAUUCUUGUUUAUAAACAACGUCUCCACAGCAAAUUCUGUUACCGUCGACCACAAGUGCAGCAGCGGAGGGCGGCUGACUGUGUUAUGGUGGAGCCAGGAGCCGUAUAUUUACAAAUCUGGAGACAAGCAGGAAGACAACGUAAAAUCAACAGUAGUCACACCAGCAUCUUUAUCAGGGAUGUUUCCAUUAAUCUUAAGCAAAGCCCUUCAACGUUGUUGUAAAAGCAGCACAACACUUAACUACACAACGGUCCCUGAAGGUCCUGCUGGCUUAGAUCAACUUUUGGCCGCGGAAGAAUUUGAUCUCAUUUUGCCCGUGGGGGCAGAGGUCGGAGCAGAGACCGUUCGUCGGUUCCGGUUCACUGGGCUGCUUGAGUCCCCUGGGGUUGCAGUGCUUAUCAAGGGUAACGUAUCUGGAGCUCAGUUAUUGCUGUCUGUUCUUCAAGGCUGGCCCAUCCUUGUGUUCAUUCUCAUCUCUGCCUCACUCGCUGGAGUCGUUAUCUGGUUAUUCGAACGAAGGGAUAAUACAGAGCAAUUCCCUGAGUCGUUUUCUCACGGUGUGUUUGAAGGAUUCUGGUGGGCUUUCAUUACCAUGACAACCGUUGGGUAUGGAGAUUUGGCGCCUAAAACAAUCCCUGGGAAGCUGUUGGGUCUGAUAUGGAUGCUAGCGGGUCUUAUCAUCAUUACUAUGUUUAUCAGUAUCAUCACCGCAGCAUUGACUUCUGUCAGUCUGCAAGGACGGACCAACCUCCGAGGGGUCACGGUUUCAGUCGUUAAUCACAGCGAGGAACACAAGCUUGGAAUUCGAGAAAUUGCGAAUGUUAAAGCUUUGCGUAACAGUGACCAGGUGUUUCAAUAUGUACUGGACCGUCAAGUGGAAGGUGCAUUAGUCGACGUUCACGGACUCAAGCAUCACAUAAACGCCCUCACCCAACACAAUAUUCAGGUUGGAAACAUUCUGACGAGCCACGUUUCAUAUGGAGCGAUCCAUGCACGCAACUCGACGAAUUUUUCGAAUUGCCUCAGGGAAUACGUGCAAACAGAAGAGCAAUGGUUUUACUACAUUCUGGCCGAGAAUACCGGGACCACACAGGAAAAGAUAAGCGUUGCAGAAGAUUACUUUGGAAGCGGAGGAAUAUUUAGCAUUACGGUAUACGGUGGGCUGGCCUUGUUUGUGAUGCUCAUGGCCGCAGGGAUUGGCUGGGAGGCAUACAAGAAAAACAAAAUGAAAAACAAAGGAAAAAGCGAAGGCUCCAUCCCUGCACCCACAUCCAUUGUAUUGGAGGACUUAGGGACCCACCCCACUCCAAGGCUGUCAUUUGGUCAUGCACCUUCAGAACAACUUGUCUCCAAACACAGCAUGGAAAUCAUGAAGAUGGACGAAGAGCUCAAUAAUUUCCGCAAGGAUUGGCAGGAUAAACGUACGAAAAUGCUUGAACGACAUCAGAGAGAACGAGCAGGUGCUGGUAUGAAUGGCGACGCUAACAGUUCCCUGACACCACCUAAAGAGAACUGAGUUUACUGUACGACUCCUAGAUGAAUCUACAUCGUAACUCCUCUCUGAGGUAUCAUUAGACUGUAGGGCAGAAAAGUGACGAAAACUAGAUAAUUAAAUCUAAUUCUGUCUUGAUAUGGUCCAAAAUACUCAAAACAUAAGCAGCAGCUGUCAUAUGGCAGUUAGAAAGGAAAACAAUGUUCUUUUAUCUUAGCACUGUAUCUUGAUAUUGUUUGCAGGACACAAAGUUAAUUGUUCUCGAUCGAGUUGAAAAUGUCGUAAUUAUUGCGAAGCCGUUUUGGAAGAAUCCACAGCUUUGAUACUCGAUAACUUUAAUCGUUUCAACUUUUUACUUAAAUAAAACCGGGAUAAUUCUCGUCCAUCUAAUGAGUCGGAGUAUUAAAACAGAAACAGUUCAAAUUUGACCAGUAACAGACACCCAGUUCGUAGAAACUCGACUAAGAUGAGAUCGCAUCGUCUUGAGUCCGUUGUCUCAGUUCUGCUCUCUUUCGUUGCAUCAAUUGAACGAAUCCGAGUUACAAGUCUCCGGCCAAAAAGGUACAAAUUUUCAAACUUAAUUAAGAAGUCUGUUUCUGGCACUGGUAUUGAUUAAUAUUCGUAACUAUGGUGAAGUUAGGACCUUUAGCUGUUAUCGUUUGGACAAAGCUAAAACUGUGCCAUUCCUAACUGGUAGGAAAUAUUGCUUUUAUCGCCUGCUAAUUGGCUGGCGAGUGAUUGAACUCUCAAAUACAAGCACCUGAAGACAAAAAAUGAGAUUCUCCUCUUGCUACUGUUACCAAAGAGAAAAUUAUUUCGAUGAAAGAGGUGGCUGUUCCAAAAAAACGCACUGGUGUGGAAAACGUUUGGUUUGACGUCAUUUUAUAUAGGCGUUAUUAACCAAGCCUGAGGUCAAGAUGGCUGGAUAUUGGCCGAGUUCUGUA